AAUCUGAAAAAAUAAAAGAGUUUCUGCACAUUCUCGGUGUGGUUGAAGCGAAGACGAUAAAACCCAGAAAGCGCUUCACCAACGAGCUUCUUCUUCCUCCUCCUCCUCCUUCAGCCAUGGCUUCCCUCAGUUCCUGUUCCUGCUGCUGUUCCUACGCUUCCCAAUUGCUUCCUCGCCCCAAGUCUCUUCUAUCACCAUUUCCUUCUUCUUCCUCUCCCCCAUUCACCAUUUCGAAGCGCACAGCACUCCUGUUAACAGCGGCGAAGAAGGACUCCGAUGCAGUUCCUGCAGCGACAAAGGUAUCUACGAGUUCCAAGGGCAGUAAUACUCACGGAGAGGAAGAGGAAUUCGUGGAGGUGGAAGAGGAGCUGCCAUGGAUUCAGGAGAAGGCCUUGGACCUCGUUGAGUUCACUGGCUCCGUCACUCAGGCAAUUCCUGGGCCUAGGGUUGGUCAGAGCUCGUUGCCUUGGAUCCUUGCGGUUCCUCUGGCUUAUUUGGGCGUCACCUUUGUCAUCGCUUUUGUUAAGACCGUUCGGAAAUUAAAUUCCCCCAAAGAAAAACGCCGGAGAAAGGUCACAAAAAAUGCUAUUCUCUGCAAGUCAGUAGAUGAGCUGCUUCAGAAAGGGAGAGAUGAAGUGAAACCUGAGGCUCUUAGCGAAAUUGUGCAGAAGACAGGUUUCAGUGUGGAUGAAAUUUUGCGGAAGUACAUCCGUUAUGCAUUGAACGAGAAACCUUUCAACCCUGAAUUGGUUGCCAACCUAAUUCAGCUGAGAAAAGCUUCUGCAUUGGAGGACGUGCAGGUCGCUGAAAUUCUGAAUGAGGUAUCAAGAAGGAUUGAGAGAGAUAAAGGUCCGGUUGUUAUGAAUAUGUCAGGUUAUACUGAGAAGGGUUUCAAGAGAAAAUUAGCCGUACAGGCCCUUUUUGGCAAAAUCUUUUAUCUGUCUGAGCUGCCGGAGUUCUGUUCGAGAGAUAGCUCUUUAACCGUCAAAGAAAUAUUUGGUGUUACAGAUGAAGAUGCAGAAAAACUUAGAACACACACACUUUCUGAAGCUGGGGACAUGGAUUCUCUUCAAAAGAUGGCUGAGAUUUCAGAUUCAGAGGAUUUAAAAGAUGACUCAUCUGAUGCAUGAAAUGACUAAGAUAAUGUAGUUUUGGUGGGGAAGUGAGACUAUAAAGCCAAGCCACUUAUCAUGUUUUUAUGGGAGCCAUAUGAAAUUUUUGUAGUGGAUAAUUCUUAUUUUUGGGUGGGGUGGGGAUUACCUGAGGUUGAAUUGUGGGAUAUAUUGUUGAGAACUUACAUUUUUACUUCGGUAUUGUGUCUAGAUCGUUUGAGCCAUCAAGAAUAUGUCUUAACUAGUUGAGUUAUACUUAGUUGAUAUUAAGUUAA